AUGCAGCGGAUAGGAGGACGGAUUCUCAAGCCAAAUCGAAGAUGGAAGUCUAUGCUCUCAGCAGCACGAGAUGUCUUUUUCCCUGAAACAGUGGUCACAACACUCCCGAGUGGUUUCAGAGUAGCAACAGAAGAUACAAAGAUCCCAACCGCUACUAUCGGUGUUUGGAUUGAUGCCGGAUCCAGAUACGAGACCCCAGCGAAUAAUGGUACUGCACAUUUUCUCGAGCAUAUGGCUUUCAAGGUGAGCGCAAGUGGCACAUCUCGCCGAACACGGAGUGGACUAGAGCUCGAAGUCGAAGAUAUCGGUGCUCAUUUGAAUGCAUAUACAUCUCGCGAACAAACAGUCUAUUAUGCCAAAUGCUUUUCCACGGACUUAGAGCACUCUGUCGACAUCCUAGCCGACAUUCUUCUCAACAGCAAUCUGAAUAAUCGAGAUAUUGAAGCAGAGCGA